ACUGAACUGAGACCAAAAGCGACCGCAAGAGUAAAACAACAAGAUCACAGCAGCAGCGGCACUGCUCUGCUGAAUUUUAGCGGCUACAAAACUCGCACAUUUUAUUAGAAAUGGAUAACAGUGCGGACGAGAUGGAAGAAGAUGAAACAGAGUGGCAGAACAGUUUCGUGGAUCCAGCUGCACCCACCCCCGCUGCUGCCGCCACUGCCUCUGGCCCAAGCAUCACUAAGACACACAAAAUCAUUCUGCAUUUUGACCUGGACUGCUUCUAUGCUCAGGUGGAAAUGAUCAGGAACCCAGCACUGAGAGAAGUCCCUUUAGGUAUUCAGCAGAAAUACAUCAUAGUAACCUGUAACUAUGUGGCAAGAGAGCAAGGUGUCACCAAGCUGAUGUCUGUGACUGAUGCUAAGGAGAAAUGUCCUGAACUGGUGCUGGUUAAAGGAGAAGACCUGACACACUACAGAGAAAUGUCCUAUAAGGUGACAGAGCUGCUGACAUCCUACUGUCCACUGGUAGAAAGACUUGGAUUUGAUGAAAACUUCGUGGACAUCACAGAGAUGGUUGAAAGAAGGCUCGCACAGACAGUGGAGUCUCACAAGUUUUCAUUCAAAGGACAUGUCUACAAUCAUAUUAGUGCAGAUGUUCAAGCCGGUGACCAUCCAAGGUUGGUUUUAGGUUCUGAAAUUGCAGCAGAGCUGAGAGAAGCUAUUCACAGCUCACUGGGCCUGACUGGCUGCGCUGGCAUUGCCACGAACAAGCUGCUGGCCAAACUGGUUUCGGGCACCUUCAAACCCAACCAGCAAACCACCCUGCUGCCGGAGAACGUCAGUGACAUCAUGGGCUCCCUUAGCAGUCUCCGCAAAGUACCAGGGGUGGGUCACCAAACUGCUAAAAGACUUCAAGCCCUGGGAAUUAUCGGCGUUAAAGACCUACAGCUCUUCCCACUGAAUGACUUGGUGAAAGAAUUCGGAGGUCCCACUGCUCAGCGCUUAAAGAAUCUGGCCCUCGGUGUUGAUGAUUCACCAGUCACCUGCACUGGGGCCCCUCAGUCUCUUAGUGAUGAAGACUCCUUCAAAAAAAUGACUUCAACUCAAGAAGCUUUGGAAAAGGUUCAGCAGCUCCUGAGCAGUCUGGUGGAAAGAAUGCACAAGGAUGGCAGGCAGCCUCAAACCUUCAGACUUACAAUCCGCAGAUACUCAGCGACCAACAAGUGGUUCGGUCGUGAGAGCCGCCAGUGUCCAAUCCCGAACCACAUCGGACUGAAGAUCACCUCUGGUAGCAGUGAGGAUGCUGUGGUCCAGCUGCUCCCUGUGGCCAUGAAGCUCUUCCACAAAAUGGUAGACGGCAGCGCUGCUUUUCAUCUCACCCUUAUUAACGUCUGCUUCAGUAAUCUGCAGCCCAGAGGACCUGCUGUCAGCGGGAAGGGCUCCAUAACGUCGUUCUUCUCACAGAGCACGUCCCCCAGAAAAACACAAACCUGCUCAUCACAAUGCCAGGAUGAUUCCUGUCAGAGUGGCGAUAGUCGCCUCAUGGAUCGUCACGUCGGCACACACAUUCAACACAAAAGCCAACUCGCCAUGAACAGCACUUCUAGCUCUAAGGCAACAUUACAUGGGUUCAAAUGGAAACAAAGCUCUGUUGUUGCUGUAGAAGAGAAUCAAAAAGCCUCCUGCAGCACAGCGGGAUUAAACACUACAGAAACUAACAGUACGAAAACACACCUACUGCCCCCGAAUGUUGACCCAGAGGUGUUUAAGCUUCUUCCAGAGGAAAUCCAGAAUGAACUGUUAUCACCUGCUUAUUCAGACUCCCUUUCCAGCACUUCUAAGAGCUCAUUGGCCACUGAUGUCCCCCAUAUACCUAAAAACAAAUCUUCACAGCCUUUUACAGACUCACAAAAUAUAACAGAAGUAAAAAAGGCUGCAAACCAAUUGGAUUCAUCCGACACAGCGACCGCCAUGAAUCACCAGGGGCCUCCAGGCACAAGCGCCGUUCCAGAAGUAAACAUCACAGAGAGGCUGUCAUUCCCUCGGUCUUCUGACUGCGAGUUCCCGGGAAAUGUGGACCCUGAGGUGUUUUCUGAGCUUCCGCUGGACGUUCAAAGGGAGCUGAUGUCCGAGUGGAAGCAGCAGAAGCCGAUCCUGAAGGUUCCUUCGUCCAGGAAACAACCGAGAAGCUCGAUGAGCAAAGACAGAAAGGCUGCAGGAAAAAGCAGCCAAGCAAACAGUUUGUUCAAGUAUUUCAAACCCACUUAAAGAGGGAUGUUCACAAGUCUGCUCUGCUGAGGAGGAUUCAUGACCGUUAAGUUUGUCCUGUAAAGAAAAUCUCCUUUCUUACUGUUGCGUUGCACUGCUGUUAGUAGAACAAAAUAAAACAAAUACUUAUUUCUACAAAAUCUUGUCACCUAAUUUUGGUGACAGUACUGUAAAUUAUGAUUUUACAAAAGGCAGCGUCACAAUAUGUAGGAUCUCUGGAGUCGUUAAAAGAUUAACGAUCCAUUAAAUUAUUUGAUAUUACAAAUGAUUUCAGCAGAAAAAUGUGAUGAAAAUAUUAAAUAAUUAUUUUGAGGGCUAAAUUCUUUUCAAAAUCAUUCCUGUUGCCCUAUAAAACAAUAUCCAGUUCUAAAAUACUUUGUAAUUAUUGUAAAAUUAUUUGUGAGUGUAAAUCCUUUUAUUGUCCAAAUAGACAUCAGUUAAUAGAGUUUGGCAUUUUUAUUAUGCAACUAAGCAGCCAGUCACUGUUCUAAAGCAUUACACACAAACAGGAAAUCUGAAAAAAUGUCUUUAAGAAUUAUAAUAUCAGAUCAACAGCAUCAAUAAUAGAUAUAACACCUGCCUGAAAAAUUACAGUUCAUUUUGACCAAGACAACAAAGGUAACAAUCACACUAAGGUAAAAGUAUUAAGAAGUGUUUUCACCAGCUUUCAGUAAAGAAAAUAAAAAUAUAAAAUUUGAUAUUGAAUUUAAAGCAUCUUAAUUAUUUUGACGUGUUUUCAGCAUUGUGUUAAACGCUGGAGUUUACCUAAAGUUCACUCAUUUUGUGCAGUAAUUGUAUUCAUAAAUAUACUUUUAUAAGGCGAUUUGAAAUUGGAUCCGAAGUCAUUCAGCUUAACUUUAUUGUUUUUUUUUGUUUGUUUUCUUAUUGUUUAGAGAAGCAGGCUUGCUUUGCUGAACCUUUUAGAACUGGGGCCGGUUCCUUGGUUGAACAAUUUCCACUAAAAUCCACAAAUGUACACGUUAUUUAUCAACUGGGGACAUAAUCCAGUUUUCAAAUAACCUUUCUUUUUCUUUCUUUCUCAUGAGAAACAGCAGAAAACACAAGGUCUGUAAGCUCAGCCCCACUUGCAGGCCUGAAACUCCUCCCUGGAUCACAUGUGACACGGGGAGGAAAGGUUCAGGCUAUACAAUGUGCCAUGGUAUCAUGAAAGUGCUUAUUUUAUUGAUUGAGGACGAGUGGAGCGACUUAUUAAUGGACGUUGGUGCUUCCCGCCGAUAGACUGGUAAGGUGCUGAAGGUUUCUCUUAUGCUUGCUGAGGGUAUUUCCAGGAAAAACCCAAAACAGUGUUUGUGUGUUAAUCUUGAAAUAUGCUAAAUACAGAUUUCUGCAGGUUGGAGGCUUUAUUUCUCUGUUUCUUCUCACUCUACUGAUCCCAAGAAAACCACUGAUCAUGCAUAAAGGGAAACUAUUCCAGAUUUCAUGGCACCAUCCCAUGACUCGGACCCUAAAAUUUUGCCAACGAGCAGACUUUAGAAUAUAAUAAAUAGAUGUUCUCUCUCAACCAACUUGCAUAACCAAAUCUGAUUUUCCAUGCUGCCUUUAUUGGCUCGCCUUGGUCCCUGCAAGUGUAACCGAAGCGCUGCGGUGUCAUGCAGUGUGGAACUGCCUGCCCAAAGACCUUUAAGCCAAUAAAAGGAGUUCUGUCUGCCAAA